UUCUUCCUCCGAAAUGUAACAAGAAUGCCAAGGCAAUGAUGCCAAAGCAAGAAAGAAUCCAGCACGGAUUAUCUAUAAAUAGCGCCCUCUUCGCCUUGGUAUCCCAACGGCGUCCCCUCCUGAUCGACUCGACUGAAUUGAAUCCUAGCAAAUCAAUCAGAGGGGCAGGAGGAGGGAAUUCAUGGCCGUGACGCAGCCGCCGCCGGAGGGAGAGGGGUUGGAGGCGCCGGGCCUCCUGCGUUACAACUCCCCUCUUGCGCAGGUGUCCCUGCUCGGCCUAAUCUGCUUCUGCUGUCCCGGCAUGUUCAACGCGCUCUCCGGCCUCGGCGGCGGCGGCCAGCUCGACCACACCACCGCCGACAACGCCAACACCGCCCUCUACGCCUGCUUCGCCGUCUUCGGCAUCCUCGGCGGCGGGGCCCACAACCUACUCGGCCCUCGUACCACCCUCCUCCUCGGCGCCCUCACCUACCCGCUCUACGCCGCCUCCUUUCUCUACUACAACCACCGCCCGGGCUCCCAGGCCUUCCCCGUCGCCGCCGGCGCGCUCCUCGGCGCUGGCGCGGGGCUCCUCUGGGCAGCGCAGGGCGCCAUCAUGACCUCCUACCCGCCGCCCAACCGCCGGGGAACCUACAUCUCCCUCUUCUGGUGCCUCUUCAACCUCGGCGGCGUCCUCGGUGGCCUCCUCCCCUUCUCCUUCAACUACCAUCGCGGCAACGACGCCGCCAGCGUCAACGACGGCACCUACAUUGCCUUCAUGGCCUUCAUGCUCCUCGGCGCGGCCCUCACCCUCCUCGUCCUCCCGCCCAGCAAGAUAGUCCGCGACGACGGCACCAGGGCCACCAGGGUCACCUACUCCUCGCCGGCCACCGAGGGCGCCGAGAUCAUCCUCCUCUUCGCCAACUGGAAGAUGCUGCUCGUGCUCCCCACUGCAUGGGCCAGCAACUUCUUCUACACCUACCAGUUCAACAACGUCAACGGCCUCCUCUUCACGCUCCGCACCAAGGGCCUCAACAACGUCUUCUACUGGGGCGCGCAGAUGCUCGGCUCCGCCGGCAUCGGAUACUUCCUCGACUUUGGGUUCGCCAGCCGCAGGAAGAGGGGUCUCGUCGGGGUCGCAGCCGUCGCCGUGCUCGGCACCGCCAUCUGGGGAGGAGGACUCGCCAACCAGCUCAGGUACACCGACGGCAAGUGGCCCGAGCUCAUUGAUUUCAAGGGUGGCCGGCGCUACGCCGGACCGUUCCUGCUCUACUUCAGCUACGGAUUGCUAGAUGCCAUGUUCCAGAGCCUCAUCUACUGGAUUAUCGGCGCGCUUGCAAACGACUCACAGAUCCUCAGCAGGUACGUUGGGUUCUACAAGGGGGUGCAGAGUGCGGGAGCGGCUGUCGCAUGGCAACUCGACACGCACAAGACAUCCCUGAUAUCCCAGCUGGUUGUGAACUGGGGGCUUAUGACAGUCAGCUACCCCUUGCUUGCCCUGCUGGUGUUCUUGGCUGUGAAGGACGAAGACAAUUCGAUUUCCUCAGUGGAGGACGGCAAGGAGAAAGAUAGUAAGUUGUCUGCGCCAACCAGCUUCCACUGAGGAUCGAGACAUGUAAUGGGUUUUCAGUGUGUGCUUCUUCCUUUGCGCUUGUGCACACCAUAGAAACCAAGCAAUUACAGAGAAUUUAGGCUGUGCUGUUUACCUUACCUAUGUGGAGUAGCUCAUUUCGGGGUGGUAAUGUUCAUUGGCGAUGUAAUGGGAUUCUUGCUGUAUUGCGAUUUGUUUAGCGUUUCUACGGCUGUAGUAUAGUCGCAUUCCUUGUUUGAACUGUUGUGUAAGGUAGCUAAGGUUUCAGGUGUAAUCAAGAAAAACAGGACGGAUAUUUUCGGUCCGACCGACUGAAUGAAGGCUUGCGAAGUAAAUAUGAGAUGCAAUAAUGGCUA